UAAAAAGGCAAGGACCACAUGGAGGACACUCAUGCCCGUGAUCAACUACCUCGAUUAGUCCUCUCAAAUCCUAAAUAAUUUAGCCUAAUCACUACAUCAACCCAUGAAACAGAACAACACGCUGACGUCACUACAGACGUGGCCAAGCAGCAUUGUACUGUUACCACCACCAUGACAACUAGCACGGACAGCAUUUUUCUUGACAUGUCAGCAUCACGUUGCUGCUAUGCGACGAUGCCAUGCAGCUGUGCGGGCGUGCUGGAUUAAGCUUUUCUGCAUGAUGAUGCUUGUUUUUUUAAGCGCUAGCACCAACUGAAAGCUGGAAACAUCCUCCUUUUUAACUAACCCCUAUAUACAGAUCAUCACUCCCAGCAUGAUGCUUCACAGGAGAGGACACUCGCUGGGAGGGAGCUCUGAUCGAGCUCGCCGAGCUGUCGCGAUGAGAGGUGGGCGGGGGAGCAACGGCGCGGCCACCGACCUGCUCGUUUGCUUCCCGUCGCGGGCGCACCUCGCCCUCAUGCCGCCCAAGGCCAUCUGCAGCCCGUCGCGGCCGUCCGCCUCCGAGCCGGUCAAGCGCCGGCACAGCACGAGCCGCGCCGGGCCGCUGCCGUCCAGCGCGCUUUACAAGUCAUCGACCCGGAAUCCGAGCCGCCGUGCCGCGGAUGUCCCCGUGGAUGACGAGCCGUCGUCGCCAAAGGUGACGUGCGUCGGGCAGAUCAAGGCCCGUCCAGCCAAGCCCAAGGGCCCCGGCGGCGUCGUGAAGCCAAAGAAGGCCUCGUGGCUGCAUGCGCUGGGACUCAAGAGGGACGCCAUGCCGUUCUUGGACGCCCUGCACGGUGCCUUCCGGUUCAACGUUCGCGGCUGCUUCGGCAGCUUCCCCGGCGCCAUGGAGUACACUUCCGGGGAGGACGACGACGAGGAGAAUGAGGAGUGCAGGGAGAAGGAAGCAGAGCACGGUGCGGCAUUGGCCAGGUGGUUCAUGGUGUUGGAGGAAGGCAAGAAGGUGUCCAGCAAGAAGCAGGAACAAGAACAGCAGCAGCAUCGGGAGGAGGAAGACGCGGCUCCGCCGGCGAACGCGCUGAUGCUGAUGCGGUGCCGGUCGGCGCCGGCGAAAGGGUUAGCGAGGAGGUUAGGAGGUGAGGCAGAGGAGUGUGAGGAUGUGAAGAGCGCCAAGAAGACUCCAGAGGAAGAAAAGGAGGAGAGCCUGGUGCUCAUGACCUACUCACCGGACUUCUUCAAGGUGUCCCUUGACAUCGCCAAGGAGACGUGGAUCGUCGGCGGUGAUGAUGCUAUCUUGCGCUGCCGGAGCUGGAAGAGAUGAUCACAAGGAUCGUUCUGCGAGGCAUGUAUAUGUCUUUUAUUUAUUUAUUUUCAAUUUUUCAGCUAUUGCUUGCCCUUUUCCCCUUUCUCCUUUUGAAAAAUAUAUUGCCCUUUCACCUAAAGCUCGUGUGAAGGGUUCGAUCAGCAUGCAGCAGAUUGGUUUCGCCGAGGCCAACGUAUUGGCCUCUCUGCCAAACAUUUCUGCUCUGUAAAUAGUGCUGUAAUGUCCCUUUCUAAAUGUUACUCCCCAGUAGAUGGUGAAUACCUCACCGAUCAUAUGUGAGAUUGUAUCAAGUAAUAUAUG